CCUUAUAAUUUUACUAUUCAAUAAAGAUCUAUUGUUAUGUUCUGGUAAUCAAGUCGCUAACAAUACUCAAAAGAAAGUGGCAAUGUCUUAUACGAGGAUAUCUUUACUGUUGUGCGUAUUUGGAUUUUUCAAAGAAUUCAGACCGUCUGACCCAUUUUCCGUUGAAUAUUUCACCGGACAGUGGAUGAAUUUUACCAAAGAACAGGUUUAUCAAGAGAUAUUUCCAGUUGGUACGUAUUCCUAUUUAACAACGUCAUUCGCGGUGCUUCUGUUGACCGAUUACCUUCGCUACAAACCGGUCAUCAUAUUAUGUGGUAUCGCGGGAAGCUCAUCAGCUAUCAUAACGAUCUGGGGUCGUACCAUACAAGAUAUGAAAUUUCAUGAAGUUUUUUUCGGUCUAUUUCAAUCAACAGAAAUAGCGUACCUGACAUACAUAUAUACCAAAAUCAGCAAACUUCACUAUCAAAAAGUGACCAGUCAUACCAGGAUUGCGCUUUCAUUGGGAAGAUUCACUGCAAGUGUAGUAGCGCAGUUAAUAGUAUCUUUUAAUCUUCUUGAUUAUCAUCAGCUGCUCUACCUCACACUGGCCGGUUUAGUUCUUGCAACUAUUUGGGCUUUUUUUCUACCGCCUGUGUCCCAAUCUAUUUAUUUUCAUCGUUCAAAGACGUCUGAAUGUGCCGAAGAAUGUUUACAGUCGCAACAAACAAUACAGAUCAAAGCAGAGCGAUGCAUUGACGAAUCAUCCCAGACUCAGCUAAAAAUCCAGACUGUGAAAGAGUCCGACGCAAAUCGGGGUACUUUUGGAAAAAUUAAAAAUGUGUACCGUUCAAUGUGGCGAGAUUUUUUGCUCGCAUAUUCGAAUCCUGAUCAGCUCAAAUGGUCUGUAUGGUGGGCAUUUGCUACUUGCGGCUAUUUCCAAGUAUGCAACUACAUACAAUUUCUCUGGAAAAAUUCAAUGGAAGAAUCGGACAAUGUUUACAAUGGGCUAGCCGAAGCAGUCCUUACAGUCAUUGUUGCCCUGUCUAUGUUUGGGAUUGGAAAGCUCAAUCUGAACUGGUCUGUCGUCGGAGAGGCAGUUUUAUCAGUAUUUGCAUUAAUCCAAGGUGCUGCACUCAUCGUUGCAUCUCAGACACAAAAUAUAUGGUGUUCGUACAUUUCUUACAUUACGUUUGUAGCCUUAUACCAGGCAAUGAUCACAGUAGUAAGCUCUGAAGUCGCUAAGAACUUGUCUGAUGAAAGUUAUGGAUUUAUAUUCGGUAUAAAUAUGUUGGUGGCAUUACUUCUACAAAGCUUGUUGGCCUUUGCAGUAACUGGAAAUUGCGUGUUUGCUUUAUCCAUCCGACUACAGUACGUCGUCUAUGGUGGAUAUUUUAUGAUUUUGGGUACAGUGUUCAUGGCAAUGGCAAUACGUAUAAUGGUGCAGCAAAGUAAGCAUGGUAUACACUUCAAACUAUGGCAACCGUCGUUCGUCGCCGUAGAUAGGAACUGAAUAGUAAUUAUGAAAAAUUAGAUGUAAAAAGGUGAAAAGGCAGUAAAGAAGAAAAGGAAUAUUUUGAUUCCAUCUAAAUACGUGAUGGAAAAAAUGCGGGUGCAGAAGUAAGAAAAGCCCUUUCUGAUAACAACCUUUACAGUGAAACGAUGUAUUUUGGCCCACUGAUUACGAAUUGACCUUCAAAACUGGCGCGAUGUAUUACGUAAGAUUUAAAAAGUUUGAUGUAUGCUGAUUUAUCAAUACCGAUGGUAUUGAAAUCUAUGAUGAUAUAUCCGGGGGGGCUUCAGACAAGCCAAACCACCCCAAUAAUUCCAAAUGAUUUCAAAUCAAUGCAUAUAAUAUUGAUCGACAAUCCCAUUUCAUUGCGCUCCCAAUAAACGCCGCUUCCCCCCCUGGACACAUACAAAUUUUACAUAUUCGAACAUACUUUUUUGUACGUGGACCUUAAAAGUGACAUCAUAUUCUGAAUUAUUGCUUACAAAAAACUGCAAAAUGUUCAGUUUUUCUUCUGACUAUUUGAAAUUUGAAACAUCCGGUAUAUACACUCUGGUGCUUAAAGGUACAAAUGAGUUGUUAUUUAUAUGGUAAAGAAAUAGUAUUUUAUUAGAAUGAAAUGUGUAGCCCAGUUUUAGGAAAUAAAAUGUAUUGUUGUUUUA